CCUGAGUGUAGUUUAAGGUGCUAAUGACCACAGCUGGGCAGAUUGUUGGUUGCAUUAGUGGUGUUGCUGACUGCAGCUGCUUUUUUUUCUCCCUCCCAGGAGAUCUGAGCUCAGCCUGGACCCAGAACCACCUCUGCUAAUCCCACCAGAGCAGAGGAAGAGGAUCAUCACCUCACACACCUGCCUACCUGUUAACUGGGAGCAGCGUAGAACACCUGAGAGGAUCGACAGCAGCAGCCUUUGCACCAUGGAGUUCCUGUUCCAGGUGCUGUUCUCUCCUCUUCCUCUCCCGGCCAUCAUCUCCCUGUUUGCUCUGGCAGCCGCCACCUUCUUGUACCUCAACACCCGGCCCAGUCCGCUCCGCAGCCCCGUUGACCUCAACAAACAAACGCUGGGCAUCAAGGAUGGAGCGAGGAAGACUGCGUUGCUUGAGAAAAACAACAACCUGAUGUCGUAUUACUACGAUGACGCCACGACCAUGUACGAGGUGUUUCAGAGGGGGCUGAAAGUGUCAGGUAACGGACCGUGUCUGGGCUACAGAAAACUAGGACGGUCGUACCAGUGGCUGAAGUACAAACAGGUGUCUGAUAGAGCGGAGCACCUGGGGUCAGGACUUCUUCAUAAGGGAUUGAAGCCAAACUCGGACACUUUUAUUGGCAUCUUUGCUCAGAACAGACCCGAGUGGAUUAUCAGUGAACUGGCCUGCUACACCUACUCCAUGGUAGCGGUCCCCCUGUACGACACCCUGGGUCCUGAAGCUCUCGUGUUCAUUAUCGACCGAGCGGAGAUCUCCACAGUGAUUUGUGACAAUCAAAGCAAAGCAGAAACGCUGCUGCAGACCCGGGAGAAAGGCCAGACUCCAGUCCUCAAAACCAUCGUCGUCAUGGACGCUUUUGACUCUGAGAUGGUCGAGCGGGGAACCAAGUGUGGGGUGGACGUCGUGUUGAUGCAGGAUGUGGAGGCUCUGGGGAAAAAUAAUCUUCAGAAGCCAAUUCCACCGAAGCCAGAGGACCUCAGUAUUGUUUGCUUCACCAGCGGCACUACAGGAAACCCAAAAGGAGCGAUGUUGACCCAUGAGAACGUGGUCUCUGAUGCUGCAGGUGUCAUCAAAAGCUUUGAUGUAGCGGUUAUCCCAUGUUCCAAUGAUGUCAGCAUUUCAUUCCUGCCUUUAGCUCACAUGUUCGAGAGAGUCGUUCAGACGGUGAUGUACAGUGCUGGAGCGAAGGUGGGAUUCUUCCAGGGAGACAUCAGACUGCUGCCAGACGACAUGAAAGCGCUGCAGCCGACCAUCUUCCCUGUCGUGCCUCGACUUCUCAACCGCGUCUAUGACAAAGUUCAGAGUGAAGCCAAGUCUCCUUUCAAGAAGUGGCUGCUGAACUUUGCCGUUGAGAGGAAGUUUGCUGAAGUGAAGGAGGGCAUCAUCAGGAACAACAGCAUGUGGGACAAACUCAUCUUCCACAAAGUGCAGGAGUCUCUGGGGGGACGAGUUCGGGUCAUGGUGACGGGAGCAGCUCCCAUCUCUCCCUCCGUGCUCAACUUCCUCAGAGCCUCUCUGGGCUGCCAGAUCUUUGAGGCGUACGGUCAGACGGAGUGCACCGCCGGCUGCACCUUCACCACGCCAGGAGAUGCCACCUCAGGUCACGUCGGGGCGCCGCUGCCUUGUAAUGUUGUGAAGUUGGUGGAUGUUGAAGAGAUGAACUACUUCGCUUCAAACGGCGAAGGAGAGGUCUGUAUCAAGGGUAGAAAUGUGUUCAAGGGGUACUUGAAAGACCCGGAGAAGACUGCAGAGGCCUUGGAUGACGACGGUUGGCUCCACACCGGAGACAUCGGAAAAUGGCUCCCGAGUGGAGUUCUGAAGAUUGUCGACAGGAAGAAGAACAUCUUUAAACUGGCUCAGGGCGAGUACAUCGCCCCGGAGAAGAUUGAGAAUGUGUACAUACGCAGUGAACCUGUGGCCCAAGUGUUUGUGCAUGGAGACAGUCUACAGUCCUGCCUGAUCGCCAUCGUGGUCCCUGACCCCGAAGUCCUGCCGGGUCUUGCAAAAAAUCUUGGGCGCCAAGACUCCGUUGAAGAACUCUGCAAAAACACAGAAAUAAAGAAAGCUAUUCUUUCAGACUUGACCAAACUGGGCAAAGAAGCAGGACUCAAGUCCUUUGAGCAGGUGAAAGACGUGUACCUCCACCCGGAGCAGUUCACCAUCGAGAACGGCCUGUUAACUCCGACUCUGAAGGCCAAGAGGGCCGAGCUGCAAACUCUCUUCCAGCCGCAGAUCGACAAACUGUACGCUAACCUCCAAUAAAUGGAAUGAAACUAAA